AUGUCGACAUCAAUUUCCAGCUUAAAUAGCCUCUUUUCUUUUACUUCUCCUGCUGUGAAAAGGCUUCUUGGUUGGAAGCAAGGAGACGAGGAGGAAAAAUGGGCUGAAAAAGCGGUGGAUUCUCUAGUCAAAAAGUUGAAAAAGAAAAAAGGCGCACUGGAAGCGCUUGAAAGGGCUCUUAGUAAUCCCGGCGAACCCAGUGAGUGCGUAACAAUUCCUAGAUCUCUCGAUGGCAGACUACAGGUUUCGCACCGAAAAGGUCUCCCACAUGUAAUAUACUGUCGCGUCUGGCGUUGGCCCGACCUUCAGAGUCACCAUGAGCUCAAACCCCUAGAUAUUUGUCGUUUUCCCUUUUCUGCUAAAGAGAAUGAAGUCUGCAUUAAUCCUUAUCACUAUAAACGUGUUGAGAGUCCAGUUUUACCACCAGUUUUGGUUCCAAGACACAGUGAAUAUCCCUCAAUACCAGCUGUUCUUCCUGGUCCUUCAACGGAAUCGAUUGGUGCUGGUGUUAUGCCUCCACCACAGACUCCUAUGCUGAUGGGUACGCCUUAUGGCGCCUCAGUAUCAACAGAACCAUCUAUGCCUUAUAACGUCACUUAUCCUCAAGGCUUUACACAGACUUCCCCACUUGCUCCUACUACUCCAAUUAGCUGUGGAGCAUCUCCGUCAACGUCCCUUCCUCCCCCUCAAGAUGCCCAUCCGGUUAACUAUCAGGAGCCAAAGUAUUGGUGUUCUAUCGUCUACUACGAGUUGAAUACUCGUGUUGGGGAAGCGUUUUUUGCAUCACAGCCAAGUAUUGUAAUUGACGGUUUCACAGAUCCUUCGAAUAAUUCCGAUCGCUUCUGUCUUGGGCUUCUAUCAAAUGUCAAUAGGAAUUCAACUAUUGAGAACACACGAAGACACAUUGGGAAGGGUGUUCAUCUAUAUUAUGUUGGAGGGGAAGUAUUUGCAGAAUGUCUCUCCGACAGUAGUAUCUUUGUCCAAUCGCGAAAUUGCAAUCAUCGGCAUAAUUUCAACCUAACUACAGUCUGCAAGAUCCCGCCAGGUUGUUCACUCAAAAUAUUCUCAAAUCAGGAGUUUGCACAACUUCUUCGACGUACAGUGAGCCAUGGAUUUGAGGCUGUCUAUGAACUCACAAAGAUGUGUACAAUUCGAAUGAGUUUCGUUAAAGGUUGGGGUGCUGAAUACCAUAGGCAGGAUGUCACAUCGACCCCCUGUUGGGUGGAAAUUCACCUAAAUGGCCCCCUUCAAUGGCUUGAUCGCGUCCUGACCCAAAUGGGUACCCCAAGAAAUCCUAUAUCUUCUGUUUCUUGA